UGCUACGGUAGUCCUUGUUGAGAUCAGAUUACAUUGGAUGCUCUGCUGAUGAAAAGAUGAAAUCAAGCAACAAAGUUUGUACAUAAAGCACGUAAGGCCGGGAAGGGGGGGCCUAUUGGCUUACCGUGUGUUUGCCACUAUCAUGCACUGUGACUUGUGAGUAGUCAGCUAGCUUUACAAAAAGGUAUGAACUGAUGAUGAUGUUCCCUUACUAUGUCUUUAUUCAUGCGUGAACACGUUGAAGCUUUGUACGCGGAAGGUAAAGGUGCUUUAGUUGGGGUUCUUCUUUUUCCUCUCUUCGAUGAUUUUCUGGGAAAGCCUGAGCACCAUAAAAUUUUCAAUAACUUAAUAAAUCUCAUUCAUCUCAAAUAUCCCCUUCUCUUUCUUCGAUAUAUUAUCAAGCGCUCGCAGCUUUCACUUCUUUUUUACUCGCAAGUUACAAGUCUAUUGUUAGUUCCUUGAGAGAAACACAAACAGAUGGAGUGCAUCAUGACUAUCUUGCAGAUUUGCUGCAGAUCGUUAACAUUUUCUUCUCCUUCAUCUGCUGCACCUGCUGCUGCUGGUGACGAUGAUCAUGAUGGUAUUGAAUCGUUAACUUUUUCUCCGUCAUCUGCUGCGGCUGCUGGUGGUGGUGGUGAUGAUCAUGAUGGUAUUGAAGCUAAUAUCCCCCCUCGUCGGGAAAAUUAUGAUGUGUUUAUCAAUUUCCGAGGUGAGGACACCCGCCUUGGUAUUACCAGCCAUCUUCAUGCUGCCUUACUUCAGAAAAAAAUUGAAACCUACAUAGAUUACAGACUUCAGAAGGGAGAAGAAAUCGGACCUGCCCUUCUAGAGGCAAUCGAGAAAUCCACGCUUUCGGUGAUCAUUUUCUCACAAAACUAUGCUUCUUCCACAUGGUGUUUGGAUGAGCUUGUGCAUAUACUCGAAUGCAAGGUAAGAUAUGGCCAGAUGGCUAUACCUGUAUUCUACGACAUCAAUCCAUCUGAUGUACGAAAACAACACGGGAGUUAUGCGGUUGCAUUUGCUCAACUUGAAAACCGUUUCAAGGACAAUAUUGAUAAGGUGCGCAAGUGGAGGGAUGCUUUGACGACUGCAGGCAAUCUAUCUGGGUUUGAUUAUUCAAACAAACCCGGGACGGAAGCAGAUCUAAUUAAGAAUGUUGUCGAUCAUAUUUGGAGAAACUUGAAUUGUGAAUCAUCAUGUGGUUUAGAGGGCCUGGUUGGAAUUGAAAGUUGCAUUCAGCAAAUUGAAUCGCGACUGGGCAUUUACUCAAAGGACGCUUGCAUCACUGUUGGUAUUUGGGGCAUGGGUGGUAUUGGCAAGACCACCCUUGCUGAAACUAUAUUUCACAGACUCUCUUCUAAAUUCGAAGCUUCUUGUUUCCUUAAAAAUGUCAGGGAGAAAUCAGAACGAUCAGAUGGACAAGAUCGCUUGCAAAAGCAACUUCUAAGUGAGAUAUUCAAGGAAGAAGGUAUAUCCAUAGAAUCACCUGCUAUUCGAAAUAGGCUCAGCCUCACAAAGGUCUUCAUUGUUCUUGAUGAUAUGAGUAGUCCAAUGCAAAUGCAACGUUUAGCUGGUGAUCGUCUUAGGUAUGGCACUGGAAGUAGAAUCAUUAUCACAAGUAGAGAUAGGGACACACUUACACACACUGUUAAAGAGGAUAAUAUCUAUGAGGUUAAGGUAUUAAAACCAGAUUACGCUCUUCAGCUCUUCUGUUCGCAUGCUUUCAAGAAUAACACUACUCGUAGAACAGAUUAUGAGGAGUUGGCGAAAAAGAUUGUGGAUUAUGCCGGAGGCGUUCCUUUAGCUCUUACAGUUCUGGGGUCCUUGUUCUUCAAUUGCAAGAGUAAAGAAGACUGGGAAGAUGAAUUCAAUAAAUUGAAACGAUUUCCUAGACCAGAUAUCCAGAAAGUGUUGAGAAUAAGUUAUAAUAGAUUGGAAGAAAAUGAGAAGGACAUAUUUCUGGAUAUAGCAUGUUUUCAUAGAGGGAAGGAAGUGAAUGAGGUAAAACGAAUGUUAGAUGUUCGUGGAUUCUUUGCGACAUCCGGAAUUAGAAUUCUCCGUGAUAGGUCUCUCAUAUCAAUUGAUUCAAAAAGACAGGUAGGGAAAGUCAUAGAGAUGCACGAUUUGCUACAAGAAAUGGGAAGGACAAUUAUUCAUGAACAAUGUAUUAAAGAUCCCAGUAAACGGAAUAGGUUGCUCACGAAAGAGGAUAUCUAUCAUGUACUGAAAAGUGACAAGGAAACUCCAAACGUUGAAGCCAUAUUUAUUGAAUGGAAUAAGAGUGAAAAGCAACCACUGGAACGCGCAGACUUCAAAUUGAUGCCAAACCUAAUAAUGCUAAGUGUGGAUAAUUCUCAAAUAUUUGACCGCAAAUCCACCGCUUCUAUAGACCUUCCCGAUUCUCUUCGUUACCUCUACUGGGGGGGAUAUCCACUGGAAUCUUUACCGUCAAAAUUUUCGCCGGAAAAUCUAGUUGAGCUUCAUGUGCCACAAGGCCGAGUUAAAAAGCUCUACAAAGAAGACCAGAGACUUGUCAACUUACAAGUGAUCGAUCUCUCUUGGUGUGUACGUUUGGUUGAAAUUCCUUGGUAUUUUCAAGAUCUUGACAAGCUUACUUAUCUUGAUCUUCAUGGCUGCACAAGUCUUAAGUAUCUUCCAGAGAUGCCAAGAAAUAUUAAAUACUUGGAUUUAUCUAUGAGUAGUAUAAAGGAAUUGCCCCAAUCAAUUUGGUCAAACGAAAAAAUUUCUUACUUGAAUAUAAAUGAUUGCGGAGACCUUGAGAAACUUCCAAGCAACAUGUGUAAGUUGAAAUAUCUCGAGGAACUCGAUCUCUCCGACUGCUUUAAACUUGAAUACUUCCCAAAGAUCUUGGAGCCGAUGGAACAUUUGAAGUCCUUAAAUUUAAGUAGAACAUGGGUUCAAGAGCUACACUCAUCAAUCGAGUUUCUCCCUGCUCUCGAAAUACUAGAACUAUGUGGUUGCAAAAGGCUUUCAAGUAUCCCAAAGAGCAUUUGUAAGUUGAAGUAUCUCAAGAAACUCGAUCUCUCUUGGUGCUCGAAACUUGAAAACUUCCCAGAGAUCUUGGAGCCAAUGGAACAUUUGAAGUCUUUAAAUCUAAGUCAAACGGCGGUUUCAAGCAUCCCAAAGAGCAUUUGUAAGUUGAAAUAUCUCGAGAAACUCAAUCUCUCCAGCUGCUUUGAACUUGAAAACUUCCCAGAGAUCUUGGAGCCAAUGGAACAUUUGAAGUCUUUAAAUUUAAGUCAAACGGCGGUUCAAGAGCUACACUCAUCAAUCGAGUUUCUCCCUGCUCUCAAAAUACUAGAACUAGAUGAUUGCAAAAGGCUUUCAAGUAUCCCAAAGAGCAUUUGUAAGUUGAAAUAUCUCGAGAAACUCAAGCUCUCUAGGUGCUCCAAACUUGAAAACUUCCCAGAGAUCUUGGAGCCAAUGGAACAUUUGGAGUGUUUAAAUUUAUGUAAAACAGGGGUUCAAAAACCCUCACCAGGCGAGUUUCUCCCUGCGCUCCAAUGGAAAUCAGUGUUCUACGACUCCGACUCAUCAGACCCUUGAAUUUUGGUAAGUGGAACAUCGGUUAAAAAGCCGUUUUUAAAACCACUGACAGAUGUAAACAAGAUCAUAAAGAGUAGGGGAACUUAUAGCUUCCGGAGAGUUAUGUUCGUGGUCAUACAAUAUAGGCGCAUAACUGUAACCAUGGACAGUGUUCAUGCCUGCACAAUCAGCUCGAAAUGUCAUAUGCAACAACGACAUGUUCUCUUUCAAGAUAAUGUGGCAUGAUGGAUGGGUGGUCAUUCUAUCAAUCAAGAUUGCACAUUCAGACAUGACUCAAUUUAAUUGUAUUUAUGGACGUUUGUAUGUCAAUUGGCCAGCAAAAAAUUACUCCCAAUUACAAAUAAAAUUUUAUUCUAGCUGCAGCCGGGCCAUAUAAUGCUGCCUUCACCA